AUGAGUUCCAAGAUACACACAUUUAUCGAACGCGAGAUCGCAGACUUCGCAGCAGACGCCUCUUUCGCGGAGUUCAUCGCUUUCUUGAAACGCACUGCAGCAACGCGUAGCCACUAUUGGCAAGACAUGCAUUACCUGCCCCAGUGCGACAAUGUCUGCAAACAUACUGAAUUUGACCGGGUGCAGCAUCUCCCACUCGAGAGCUUGGAUGCUGGAUUGGCUUGGUUCGGCCAAACCGAAAACAUACAGGGCCUGACCAGGAAUAACAUGUCAUCGCACCACUACGUCAAGAAGUCCCCCCGGGUGGAUCCAGGAGCAGCAUAUCUCCGCUACAGCAAGCAUCUGCAUGAUUCGCCUCCGUCCUAUGAGUCCUUUCUCGCCGAGCCCAGCAUAUUCAAGGAUGUAUGUUGUCUUUUUCGGGCAGAUAUCGAGUUGUACCGCAUGUCAUGUUCUUCAGAGUGGUUGCAGGGGUGCGCAGAAUGCGUGGACAGUUGUGCCAGAGAGCUACGGAGGUUGGCGCCCUGCGAUUAG